AAGAAUUUAUGUAAAGUUUUUGCAUCGUAUUACGUAAAAAAAUUCCAUUUAACGUAAAGCGUCAAGUUGGUGCAAGUUCAGAAAUUCGAUUUAGUUUUAGUUUUAGUGUUACUGUACAGUCAUUAAGUUACAAAUUAAAAUUUUGCACACAGCAUUAUCGUGUGGUGCGUGUGCGUUUGUCUGUGAGACCAGCUGACUCUUAGACUCUUUGAGUCGCGUUUCGACUCAGGCUAGUCCUUCUCCUCUUCCUCGUCCUACUCCUGCCUCCACUUGCGUGCUCCUGAUCAAGACAUCUCGUGAACGGUAAGAUUGUUUUUGUUUAUCAGUUUUAUUCAUUUACAGUAAUCUUAUUUAUUACCUUAUUUUAUAUUGGAAUGUUACUGUACUAUGUUUAUGCUAACGUUUUCUUAUAUUUUCCCACCAUGUUUGGUGGACUUUGAAUAUUUUGAAGGGCCAAAGGGGUGAGUUUGGGAAGAUCUUGGAACGGAUUAGGCUAUUUACAUGUAUUUUACGCUUCGUAUAAUGUAAAAACCCUAUAAUAUAAAGGUUCUCGGAACGGAUUAUUUACGUUGUAGGGGCGUCUAUUGUAGUAAUAAUGAUAACAAUGCAAUUUGUGAUGAUUGGUAAUUUAUAGUUUCUAAACUAAAUAAAAACGUUGGAAAAAUAAUUCAUUAAAAUAAUUAAUUAAAAAUAAUUUCAUUAUUCUAUUAGUAGUAGCAGUAACAGUAGUAUCAUGUGCAUCAUUUAGUUUGACCAAAGGCCAAAUGCUUUGAAAGUACUUCAUAUACAUUUUGAAGAAAACCUACAAUUUGAUAAAUAACGAAAUACGUGGUUGGCAUAUCGGCCUCACAAUCAGGAGAUCAAGGGUUCAAAUCUCUGUUUGACAAUCUCUGUGUGGAGUUUGCAUGUUCUCCUUGUGUUUAUAUGGGUUUUCUCAUAGGUCCCCAUACAUCCCAUGUAUGUUAAUGCACUGCAGGUUAAUUGGAGACUCCGAAUUGAGAUUUAGCUGUGAUUGUGAGUGUAAAAGGUUGUUUGUCUAAAUGUGGGUAGAUGGGUCAUGGGUUGAAAAUGCAGUACAGUAUUGAAAAUGAAUGAAUGAAUAUUAUUAUUAUUAAUCACUGUCAUUAAUAUUAUAGUAGAAUAUUUUGUUAGUAAAAUUUUAUUAUUAGUACUGUAGUAAUUGACUGUGUUUCUCAACAGGUCAGAUGCUGUAAAAAAAAACAUCAUAUAGUACAGCCAGGUAAUGCCUGCUACAACCUUAGUCAUAUUUCUCCAUGGAGACAGGCAGUGGACAGCAGUGCAGCGAUACACAUGUUACAUAACCACUCAAAUGCUAAAGUUCAAUGGAUAAAGCCACAUUGUUUUUUCAUCAGAAACCUGGGGCGUAUUGUCACAGUCGAACAGGUUGCAUUAAAACUGUCGAGGGAUGGUGUUUGUUUGCAAUGACUGAUAUGACUGCAGAGCUAUAAAAGGAAAGCAGCGAGCUUUUCAAGGGGAAGCCCGAUGAAGAGCUGCGAGCACACACUAAAGAAUGUCUCUCAGGGAUCCAUCAUACGAGCCUCCCUCUGUGUCAGAGCUACAGGAGCUUCUCCUAAAAGACAGACGACCCACUGGGCAUGUCAAUCAAGUCUGGCCCAACCUUUACAUUGGCAACCAAGUUACAGCCCGCGACAAGUCAACACUCCACACUCUGGGAAUCACUCACAUUGUAAACGCAGCUCAUGGAUCCCCACAUAACAGCCAGUGGCCGCAUUUCAUUGUCCACACGGGGCCCCGCUUCUACAGAGACAUGCUCGUGGACUAUUACGGAGUAGAGGCUGAUGAUUCAGUGGACUUCAUCCUGAGUCCCUUCUUCUACCCAACAGCACGAUACAUUAGCAGGGCACUGGCUGAUGGAGGGCGAGUGUUAGUCCACUGCCUGAUGGGUGUGAGUCGCUCUGCCACACUGGUGUUGGCUUACCUCAUGAUCUGUGAAGAUCUGAGCCUCAGGGAGGCGGCGGCUGCUGUCAGGACUCACCGAGACAUCUGUCCGAACUCGGGCUUCCUGCAGCAGUUACGCCAUCUAGAUGUGAGCAUGGAGAGGGAGAGGAGGAGACGGCAACAAACACAAUGAAGGUGGCUACAAUGUAGGUAACUAGAUGCUAACUAGAUCAAGUGGAUUCCUGCAAGAUCACAAUCAACACGGGUCAGCAGCUCUCUGAUUAACUUGUAAUGGAAUACUAUAGUCUAGUGUAGUAUGACAUUUACUGUAUUCUUUCUUCAGCCUUGCUACAGUACACAUGCAAUUCUAAGACACUUCUGCACAGAAACAGUCAGAAUCAAAAACUGGUAUGAACUUAUCAUCUUAUGUCGUCCUCCAUAAACCAGGGGCUUGUACGAUGAAGCAGGAUGUCUUCAUAUCCAGGAUAAGCUGGAGGAUUAACUCUGGAUAUGUUUGGGGAUACAGAGAGGUCAGAGUCAAGCAAAACACCCCCUACUGAAUAAGACAUCAGAGUCCAUAACAUCCCUGAAUUAGCUCGACCCCGACAAAGAGCCACAAAAAUAGGGGUGCCCAAAGUGCAGCCCAGGGUCCAUCCACGGCCCCUGGUUCAUUGUCAUUGCAUCACUGCAGAAACAAAAUACAAUUUUAAAAAACUGCCAAAAUUGUAAAAAUAGAGCAAAGGCACAAUGAGAAAAAGCUGAAAUGUUGACAACAACAACCAAUAAUAACACAAAGCCUUUUAUGUAAAGACAAAGCUUUUUAUAUGUAUCACUUUUCACUUUAUUUUAAAAACCUUUCUCCAAAAUAAAUAAAGAAAUAUAUCUUUGUAUCUAUACAUAUAAUUUAAAAUAUAUAGUAUAUAUUAUUUUCUAGGCAUAUAUACCCUGGUUGCAAGG